GAGAUGACGAGGAAAGGAGUUGUUCACGUCCUUCAAUUCCCUCUCUCUUUUAGCAUUAUUACACGCAUUAUACACGUAGCCUCACGUAUUCGCACGCUCGAUCACGUCGAUUUCUCACUGCCCAUUGAACCCGUGGGAUAAUUUGUGAACUUCAGUUCUAACUUCCAGCCUCUGUUUUUGAUCUCUUCAAGCCUGUAUCGUUGUACUGUGUAUAGAUUUCGUCGAAACAAAACCAUGACUCAAAACACAACAUCAGGUCCACCACCACCAGGUGUCUAUGUUCCCGCUGUGCUUUUCUUCCAUCCUGGAAGCGAAGACAUCGAUGAAGAAGCAUAUAAAAAACAUAUUUUACGGUUAGCGGAGGGCGGCGUAACCGGAAUACUCGUCCAAGGCUCCAACGGUGAAGCUCAGCAUCUCUCCCACGCAGAAAGAUCCCGCACGAUCGCCUUUGCGCGAAAAACCCUCGAUGAAGCGGGAUUCCAGCAUGUGUUGAUUAUUGCAGGGACUGGAGCGCAGUCAGCGAGGGAGACAAAGGAAUUGUGCGUGGAAGCAAAAGAAAGUGGAGCCGGUUGGGUGCUGGUGUUGACUCCAUCGACGUGGGCACCGGCGAUGGGAGCAGAUAGUAUAUCGAGGUUCCAUAGAGAGGUUGCAGAUGCCUCUCCCCUUCCAUAUAUGAUUUACAACUUCCCAACUGUAACCGCCGGGCUCGACCUUGACUCGGACCUUAUUUCCUCACUCGCUACGCACCCCAACAUUGUUGGCACCAAACUAUCUUGCGGGAACGUCGGAAAAAUCCAACGAUUGUCCUCAUCCUUCGACUACAGAUCCUCCUUCGCCACAUUUGCUGGGAAAUCUGACGUUUUCUUACACACCCUCCUGUCUAGCGGCGCAGGCACCAUCGCUGCCCUCGUCAAUCUCGUACCAAAGAUCCACGCGAAGGUGUUCAAAUUGUUCCUGGAAUACCAGAAGACCAAGGAUGCGAAGGUGCUAGAAGAAGCUUUUACGCUACAGUCAAAGCUAUCUGCAGCGGAUUGGGCGGUGUCGAAGAUCGGUGGUGUGGGUGGUGUCAAGGCGAUUGUUGCGCAAGAGUUUGGGUACGGGAAUGGAACGGUGAGAGGACCGUUGAAGGAGGCAAGUCUUAGUGCGCUUGUGCAGAGUGAGCAAGGAGCGAAAUGGUGGAAGGCUGUCGAGGAGGUUAUCAAGAUCGAGAAGUUGUUGUAGAGUUGCUUGAGGUUAGCCGACUCGUUAUUUGGGAUCUAACUGUCGUCAAAGGCUACAUUACCUUCCAAUGAAUCCAACUCUGCAUGACGAUUUCAUUCUGAUACCCAAAAAAUGCAUAUGCGAAGAUUCUGAAGAUUCUAUUGACAUUAAUUGUUGUCAUAACAUGCUGCAAAUCGCAUCAACCAAAUUACAACGGAAUGUAGUAGAGGAUAAAUUACGCA